GUGAAGAACAUCUUCACCCUGAGCAACAGCAGUGGAGCUUCAGGAUGGAGCCACAGCCCUCCCACAUUAAGAAGGAAGAGGAAUACCCACUGAUCUCCCAUUUUAAAGAAGAAGAGGAGGACCCACUGACCCAUUACUUUAAAGAGGAAGCGGUGGACCCACUGAGCCCUCACAUUAAAGAGGAAGAGGAGGAACACAGCAUCAGUCAGGAAGGAGAUCAUAUUGAAGGACUGGUGGAGUUCCCAGUGACUGGUGUCCCUGUGAAGAGUGAAGAUGAUGAGGUCAAAGGUGAAAGUGAGGAGAAGAGAGAGGCGGAGCCUCCAAGCAGCAGCUCAACACAACACAUGACAACAGAAGCUGAUGGAGACCACUGUGGAGGAUCACAAGCAGACAAGAUCUUAGCUCCACUAUCAGAUAGUGAGGACACAACGUCACACUCUCCUGACACUGAUGAUGAACACUCUAAAGAUGAUGCAACAUGUCACACUGACAACACUCACUUCACAUGUUCUCACUGUCACAAAACUUUUAAAUACCAUAGUUCGCUGAAAAGACACAUGAGAACACACACUGGAGAAAAAACUUUUAUCUGUUCAAUCUGUAGUAAAAGUUUUGUAGAAAGUCACACAUUGAAAGUACACAUGAGAACACACACUAGUGAAAAAACUUUUUCUUGUUCAAUCUGUGGUAAAGGUUUUACACAAUGGCAAUCUUUCAAAAAACACUUGAGAACACACACUGGUGAAAAACCCUUUUCCUGUUCAACCUGUGGUAAAGGUUUUACACAAAGUCAACAUUUGAAAGGACACAUGAGAACACACACUGGUGAAAAACCCUUUUCCUGUUCAAACUGUGGUAAAGGUUUUACUAAAAGUCAAUAUUUGAAAGUCCACAUGAGAACACACACUGGUGAAAAACGUUUUUCCUGUUCAACUUGUGGUAAAGAGUUUACACAAAGUCAGAGUGUGAAAAUGCACAUGAGAAAACACACUGGUGAAAAACCUUUUUCUUGUUCAAUCUGUGGUAAAGGUUUUACUAAAAGGCAAUCUUUGAAAAGACACAUGAGAAGACACCCAGGAGAGAAAGUGUUGAGUUGCAGUGUGUGUGGUGAAAGAUUGUCUUCUAAGUACCAGUGUAAGAAACACAAGUGUGCUGGUGAGAACAGCAGCAGCAAAUGAAACUGCAGGAUUUGAAAUAAACUGUCAAGACUUUAAUGUUGACUUUCUAACAACAUCAGCACAUAUAACAUGUGUGACAUCAUUGUUGUUUGUGUAACUAUCUUUUUAAUAUGCUUCUACAUUUAUAGAUUAGAUAGUUUAAAAUAUGGAAGUAUUCCAUAUUUGUAUUUCUACUUGUUAAUAAUCCCAUAGAUUAGCCCCUCUUUAUAAUAUACAUAUUUACUAGGUUAGGGUUAGGGGCGAUUGCAUGGAGGACACAAACAGUUUUUGGCCGUGCGUGUGGUGACAAUGUUCCAUUCAUACAUGAUGUUCUAUA